AUGAAUCCCUCCUCUUUUUUGACCUCGGAAACCAUGGAGUCUUUCUCUACCCUGAUGACGGAGCAGCUCUCCAUCAUUGGGAACUACUCGGGUGGAAUGCCCUUGCCCAUCGCCGUAUCUCUCGGGAUUCUUGGGGCUGUGACCAUGACGGUUUUGGCCAUGCAGUUCUUCACUUCCGCUGAUCCCAUUGGACGUUGGUGGACUUUCAAGAAGCAGUUGGGAGUUCAUGACGAAAAUUUGACCUUCAGCUCUGACGUCGAUACAGGGAUUGACAAGUUCUGCAACAUGGUGUCUGCAACUGAAGACCGCCUCAGCGAAUACAAGGACAUGGUCAGUGGAUACUAUGAUUUGGCCACGGUGUUUUAUGAAUGGGGCUGGGGCCAUUGCUUCCACUACGCGAACCGCGCUCCGUAUGAAAGUUUUGAUGAGUCUCUCCGCCGCCACGAAUACGAGAUGGCUUCCAAACUGCGUGUGUUUGGCAAAGACAAAAAUAUUUUGGAUGUUGGAUGCGGCAUUGGAGGACCCAUGCGAAACAUUUGCAGGUUCUUGGAGUGCCAGGUCACUGGCAUCAGCAUCAACCCCUACCAGGUCAAUCGCGGAAACAUGCUCAACGAGGCGGAUCCACGUACUCGUGGCCUAUGCAAAAUCAUCCAAGGAGAUUACAUGAAGAUGAAAUUUGAGCACGACAGCUUUGAUGGAGCCUAUGGUCUGCAAGCAACCUGUCACGCCCCAGACUUCAGGGCCCUCUACACGAAUAUUUACAACGUUUUGAAGCCCGGUGCUUACUUCAUUCUUGAUGAGUGGUCCAUGACCGACAAGUACGAUCCCACCAACGAAGAACACCGCCGUAUCAAGAAGGGAAUUGAGGAAGGAAACGCUUUGCCAGACCUUAUUACCCAAAAAACUUGCGUUAAGUUGUUGGAGGAAGUUGGCUUCAAAGUGUUGAGUGAGGAAGACCUAGCCCUAAAGGCAAAUGACAAAGAAACCGGAAUUGAACCCUGGUAUUUGCCCAUGUGCCCAAGCUGGAAUCCUUUCACCUUGCGCUUCCAAUUCACUUGGUUCGGGGAAGUCUUUUUCCAUUCGUUGGUCUGGUUGUUUGAAACUUUGCGCAUUGCUCCAACUGGAACUUUGAAGACUCAAAAGAUGUUGAAGAAGGCUGCCAUUGCGCUUCGUGACGGUGGAGAAACAGGAAUCUUUAGUGGAACCUAUGUUGUUGUGUGCCAGAAACCUGAUCGCAACGCUUGA